UCUUCUCAUUGGAAAGACCAGUGGUUCGUAUGACUUCUCAAAGAACGUCGAGUGUACACUUCCGACUCUGUACUGCAGGCGAUGUGACACAAUGACUUCGCGCCCAGAUUUCGGUGCUACCACGAAUGGCACUGAAGUCGCAGAGUAUUUCGCGGAGGAAAUCAAGGGCAGAAAUGUCGUAAUCACGGGAGUCUCACCGAGAUCGCUCGGGGGAACAUUGGCUUUGACGAUCGCACGACACCGACCUUACGACCUCGUACUCGCCUCCCAAUCCCGCAGCGAGCUUCAAAAGGUUCAGAAAGAGCUUCAUCAAUCUACUGGUGUCCUCGCAAGACUGGUCGUCUUAGAUCUUAGUUCUCAAGCCUCCGUUCGAGAUGCAGCUGCAAGGAUCGCCGGGGUGAUGACUCACGUUGAUCUGCUCAUCAACAAUGCAGGCCUUGUAUCCUCCGAACGAAAGACGACCAGCGAAGGUCUUGAGCUCCAAUUCGCCGUGAACCACAUCGGUCACUUUCUGCUCACGAAUCUUCUCAUGCCCAAAUUGCUUGCAAGUGGCACUCCAAGGGUAGUCAAUGUUUCGAGUCUUGGGUACGAGAUCUCGCCUAUACGUUUUCAUGACUACAAUUUCGAGGGCAAAGUCAUACCGCCAGACGAGGAGCCUCUUCCAGGAUUCCCACUUAUUUUCACACCAAAUGCUGCAGAAGGUCGCCCUUAUCAUGCUUUCUGCGCGUAUGGACAAUCUAAGACCGCGAACAUCUUGCAUGCGAUCUCGUUGAAUGAGAAGUUCGCAUCGAUGAAGCUGAGGGCUUAUGCUGUACAUCCUGGAACUAUCGAUACUGAUCUAUCACGAAACCUGACACCUGCAGACUUGGCUUUCGUCGAAAGUACUGCAAGAAAUGGCGUCUGGAAGACACAUGAUCAAGGGAUUGCAACGACUCUAGUCGCGGCAUUGGAUCCAGCAUUAGCAACACCACACGACAAGAUCUUUCUCAGUGACUGUCAAUUCGAAGACCCGAAGGAUCAUGCGAAUGAUAUCGAGAUUGCUGAUAGGCUAUGGCAGUUAAGCGAGAGUCUGGUAGGAGGUGACCAAGCAAGAUUGUAAUCAUACCCUUGUCCUAGACAGGAUUGACAAUCGUCUCUGCAACUCUUG